CUUGCACGGCUUGCUGUUCAUAUACUAGAAAUAGAGAGAGAUGGCAGUAUCAAGCUGAAUAAUUCACGUCUAGUUGCAACCAGUUUCCAGUGUGUGGCUGAACCUUCUGCUAUAAAGACAUACAAAUACAAUUGCUGACGUUUCGCUAUAAAGUGCUUUACUAUGAUUGUCAAAUCGAUUAUUGCGCUAAUAAUUAUUUGCGUACAACUAGAAGCAAUACAAGCAACUGAAACAGCAACUCCAAGUUCUGUAACACCUAAGUCAAGAGCUUGCAGAGCGCCUCCGCAACCGGAAAAUGGUCACUGGGAGUUACAUCAAACGCAAUGCUUAAAUGGAUUAAGUUGUAACGUUUCGGAAGGAACGGAACUGGAAUCAGGAUCUCAUCUCAUCUAUUCUUGCAAUCCAGGAUAUGAAAUAAAUGGCUCCAUUGAUGCGUUUUGCAAUUUCGAGGGAAAACUGGUCAAUAUACCAGUUUGUUCAGAAGUACGCUGCAAAUCUUUAAACACUGCGUCAGUUGAAGCUCGAUGUACAUACAACGAUGAACAGAUAUCAUGCGAAUUGCCAGUUUUACCAGGAACGAGGGCGUCAUUGUCCUGUCGAAAUAGUUAUCAACGUCAAUCUAAUCUACUUACACGAAAGGAACGGGACGAAGUGAGAUGUAAUGCUACUGGUCAAUGGGAACCACAGCCUAUACAAUGUGUACCAGUAUGCGGCAUAUUACCACCCCAAAUUACACCGCUCAUUAUAGGUGGAUAUACACCCGAUAUCAUAGAAUUCCCAUGGCAUGCCUCAUUGUAUAGAGAUAUGCCGAACAAAGAAAAAAGAUAUUUCUGCGGAGCCACUAUCAUUCAAGAGAAUCUUUUGAUAACAGCAGCCACCUGCGUAUACGAUGACAGUAUUAGGAAAGUGAUUGACCCUAAAAAGAUUUAUGUAGCAACCGGAAACAUCUUUCGCGAUUACGACUCACCCUUUCAUGAUCGACGCCUCGUUAAAAAGAACAAGGUAAAAAAUAUUUAUAUUCCAUGCAAUUAUCUAGGACUUAUAACAAAUUAUGUCUGGGAUAUUGCGAUAUUAGAACUCGACGAACCGUUCGUAUUGUCGACCUGGUUGGUCCCUGCAUGCUUAGAUCCUUUCAGCGAUCAAACUGUGUUGGAACCAGGUGUUUAUGGAAAAGUCGCAGGAUUUGGUAGAACUGCAGAUGGUGAAUCCAGCGCAGUAUUGCAAGCAUUAAGAGUGCCGUAUGUUUCGUAUUAUCAGUGCAAAUCUGCAAGCCAAAGCACCGAUACAGAACAAUUUAUUACUAUUGACAAGUUUUGUGCAGGUUAUUUAAAUGGUUCUUCUGUUUGUGAUGGCGACAGUGGUAAUGGAUUAAUCAUUAAAACUAAUGGCUUAUGGUAUCUUCGAGGUAUUGUUAGCGUUUCGCUUGGCACGAUAAAUAUAGCGGGAACUCUUCGUUGUGACAACAACUUGUAUUCUUUAUAUACACGAAUAUCUAGCCACAUAGGAUGGAUACAAGACGUAAUUGCAACAUUAGAACAAAAUCGGCCAUAUUCAUCGUGUGCCGAAUAAGUCUUACAUGAACCAAGAAACACGCUUCUACAUUUGCUAACGGGAUUAUCAUACGGCUCUCACUGAUAAAUAUCUAAAUUCUUUUUUAUGAUUAUGUGAAAUUACAUUUAUGACUUGAAAAAUAAUAUUCUUUAUGAAGUU